AUGUCGGCCAUGUCGGCCAUGUCGGCCAUCGUUCCACUGUCGCUCUUCUUGGUGAGUGUGAGCCCCAUCGCAGCUGAACUUGAGCCCGAGGAUGGCUGCUUGUUGCAGAAAACCAACGAGCGACAGCUUUUGACCAAGGAGGAGCAAGGCCUGGAGACGGAGUUGCAUUCAGAAGAAGUUGGAACCAAGAAACUCCCAAUCGAUUGGCAAGUGUACGUGCACUAUUCGGGCCACCAAUCCUUCACGAAGGGCUUGCUUCUGAUCGACAAGUCAGGAGGAUCCAUCCGACAAGUGCUUGAGAUCACUUCGCAGGACUGCAGGUGGAAAGCACGGAAAGGAAACGGAGACUGGAGAGUGGUCGACAAUGCAGAGCUCAUCUCCAUCCCAGAUGGUAAGGACUACGUGACAGGCUUCGACCUCGGCACCGUGGGUCCUCGCGGUCAUGGUGGCCAUGGCUUUCCCAACCGUGUACGCUUCAACAUGAACACGAAGAAUGGCAAGUCGGACAUAGCAGUCAUGAGUCUCAGUUGCAGACCAAGCCACAACAUGAAUCUCCAAAUCUCAAUGAACCGCCAGAGCGACCAGCAGUUUGUGGAUGGCGAGUUGAAGGUCGCACGCAAGUCGCUGUCUACGCUGCAGACCUCCACCGACUUUGAAUUCAGCGUGGAUAGCAAGUGGCAAAAGCUCGGUGGAAGUGAACAAGCAGCCUCGUACUUUCAGCUCGUUGACACAAAUCAAACAUCUGUUGCCUCGUUCCAAUCGCAAGGCUGCAGUGAUGCUGAAAAAGGUUUGGCGGCAGAGGCUUGUUCCAAGCACUUGGGAGAGGCGCAUGGCACGCAUUUCUUUGAAGAUUGCAUUUAUGAUGUUUGCCAUGGCGCUGGCGAGACGCAAGCAGAACUUGCUGCAGAGCUUCUCGCUGUGACCAAAGCUGAUUAG